CCCGCGGGGCCCUUUCCCUCCCCCGCGGGCGGGUGCUGCCAGCGCUUAUAUAAAGAGGUCACGGCCUGCUCCGCAGCGGGGCGCACGCGGCCUCCUGCACAGGUGUGGCGGCUGCGGGUGGGGAGGUGCGCGGAGCAGCCGGGCCGGCCUCCUCCCCGCGGGCGGCUCCGCUUCUCCUUCGCGCUGCUCGUCCCUUCUCCUCGCCUGCAUGUGUGACGGCGGCGUGCGCGCCGGGGAAGGACACCGCGCCCUCUCCCCGGCUACCCGCCGCCCCGGGGCGGAGGGCCUCCUGGAUCCCCGUUUCCCCGCUCCCUGCUGAUGCGCGGUCUGCGCCUCGCCACCGCGUUCCUCCGGCCUGGCUGUGGCCAGGCGCGGACGCCGCCGGACCGCGCAGUCUGGAGGGACUGUGAAGCGCUGGCCGGCGUCGGGGCCCUUGCCCGGGGUCGGGCGGGAGCCGGCGGACGGGAGCCAGAUGGAGGCGGCGAGAGGGGGCGCGGAGUAACGGGCGGCCCCCCGGGCUCGCACCUCCCGCGGCGCCCUGGCUUUCCGCGGGCACAGGGGCGCGGCGGGCGGGGCCCCCGGGGCUGCGAUGGAGGUGCCUAACGUCAAGGACUUCCAGUGGAAGCGCCUGGCGCCGCUGCCCAGCCGCCGGGUUUACUGCUCCCUGCUGGAGAGCGGGGGACAGGUCUAUGCCAUCGGGGGAUGUGACGACAACGGCAUCCCCAUGGACUGCUUUGAGGUCUACUCCCCCGAGGCCGACCAGUGGACCGCCCUGCCCACCCUGCCCACAGCCCGGGCCGGGGUGGCCGCCAUCGCCCUGGGGAAGCGGAUCAUGGUGAUCGGGGGUGUGGGCACCAGUCAGCUGCCCCUGAAGGUCGUGGAGAUGUACAACAUCGAUGAGGGCAAGUGGAAGAAGCGGAGCGUGCUGCGAGAGGCCGCCAUGGGCAUUUCUGUCACGGCCAAAGACUACCGAGUGUACGCGGCUGGUGGGAUGGGCCUGGACCUCCGUCCACACAACCACCUCCAACACUAUGACAUGCUCAAGGACAUGUGGGUGUCACUAGCACCCAUGCCCACCCCGAGAUAUGCUGCCACCUCCUUCCUCCGAGGCUCCAAGAUCUACGUGCUAGGGGGACGACAGUCGAAGUAUGCAGUCAAUGCCUUUGAGGUCUUUGACAUUGAGACUCGCUCCUGGACCAAGUUCCCCAACAUUCCCAGCAAGCGGGCCUUCUCCAGCUUUGUGACCCUGGAUGACCGCCUCUACAGCCUGGGGGGCCUGAGGCAGGGUCGGCUCUACCGGCAGCCCAAGUUCCUCCGGACCAUGGAUGUGUUCGACAUGGAACAAGGGUUCCUCCUGGCUGGCUGGUUAUUUGUCUCCAAGACUUUCCCGUCUAUUUUCUCUUCUUACGACAUCCAGGCAGUGCCAGGGGAGGGAGGGCUUCUCCUGCUUUUUACCAAUGUAGACCCAGAAGGAUCCCGACCUUCCUGCUCGCUGCCUCUAGUUAGCCUUCUCUCCAGCUCGGAGCCCACGAGAACAGAGAUAGAACGAGGGGGCUGGCUGAAGAUGGAACGCUCAUUCUUCCUCAAGAAGCGGCGGGCAGACUUUGUGGCCGGCUCUCUGAGCGGACGGGUCAUAGUGGCCGGAGGACUCGGGAACCAACCCACGGUCCUGGAGACGGCAGAGGCAUUCCACCCGGGGAAGAACAAGUGGGAGGCGCUCCCCACCAUGCCCACGCCCCGCUGCGCCUGCUCCAGCAUUGUCAUCAAGAACUGCCUCCUGGCCGUGGGGGGCGUCAGCCAGGGUCUGAGCGACGCCGUGGAAGCCCUGUGCGUCUCCGACUCCUAGCUGCCCCCGGGCCUGGCACCUCGGCCCCAGACCAGACCACUCCACUCUUGACGACAGACAUGGUCUCAUCAGAGCAGUUUGGGUGACUUCCCAGGAUGCCAGCUCCUGUCCGCAACUGGGGGGGCUCAGGCCCUAGGGGCUCUGGGGGACCUCCCUCCACCUCCAAACUGUACUGAUCCCAGGAAACCGUAAGAAGACACGCUGACUCCGCCAACCUGCAGCUGGAGCCCAGCCCAGCUCUGAGGGGGCUCCUCCCCUCCUGCUCAGGCAGAGGAAGGCCCAGGAGCACCGGCUACCUCCCCUUCCUGUGAGUUCCGCCUCCCCCAGUGGCCAGGGCAGGAGGUGGGUGGGGUAGAAGACCACGGCUAUCACUGUCUUCUCCCCAGCUCUGUGCUAGUUUGAGGGUCUCUAGGGAUGGAAAAUGGUGAGGGGUUGCAAGGAGUCCGGAACCCGUCUUCUCUCCCAUGAUUCGCAUCCCUACCCCGUUCGGCGGUCAGCAGCAGGCCUGCCCUUGCCCUCAUCUGCUCAGCGACUCGGCUCUGGAGCAGAGGCCGCUGAGCUGGAAGGGAAGUCAGGUUCAAAUGGACCAGUCCAGGUCAGCAGCCUCGGCCAGCAAGAUCCCAGGCCUCUCGGGUCCUUGAUGGGAACGCGAUGAUGAGGAAGGAGCAGACACCCAGCCCAGGCUCUGCUUCCCGCUCCUCUCCUCACUCACUUUCUCCUUCCGCCACCCCUCCCUGGCUCUUUUGUCCCCAGCGUUCCUGGAGCGUUUCUGUACAAAACCUUCUCGUGUACACUGUGGCAUCAAAAUCCACAAAGUCUGGAUUGACUACACCCGGGUUAACAGCAGCAGCACAAUGAUUAAAAUCUAUAUU